AUGGGAAUCAGCACCUCCAAAUCUGAGACUAUGGUCCUCAGCUGGAAAAGGGUGGAGUGCCCUCUCAGGGUUGGUAGCGAGAUCCUGCCCCAAGUGGAGGAGUUCAAGUAUCUCGGGGUCUUGUUCAUGAGUGAGGGAAGAAUGGAGCGUGAGAUCGACAGGCGGAUAGGUGCGGCAUCCACAGUGAUGCGGGCUCUGCAUCGGUCUGUCGUGGUGAAAAAGGAGCUGAGCCGUAAGGCAAAACUCUCAAUUUACCAGUCGAUCUACGUUCCUACCCUCACCUAUGGUCAUGAGCUAUGGGUAGUGACCGAAAGAACGAGAUCGCGAAUACAAGCAGCUGAAAUGAGUUUCCUCCGUAGGGUGUCUGGGCUUUCCCUUAAAGAUAGGGUGAGAAGCUCAGUCAUCCGGGAGGGGCUCAGAUUAGAGCCGCUGCUCCUCCGCAUCGAGAGGAGUCAGAUGAGGUGGCUCGGGCAUCUGAUCAGGAUGCCUACUGGACUCCUCCCUGGAGAGGUGUUAUGGGCACGUCUAACCGGGAGGAGGCCCCGGGGAAGACCCUGGACACGCUGGAGGGACUAUGUCUCUUGGCUGGCCUGGGUACGCCUCGGGAUUCUCCAGGAAGAGCUAGAAGAAGUGGCCGGGGAGAGGAAAUUGAAAAUCUGUCUGUGGCUUCAAAAAGUCUUCUGA